GCGGAGCUCGGGGGCGCGCAGCCAAGGUUCUGCAUUGCUGCCGUCUCCUGGGCACCUGAUACUCCUUCAGUUUUCUAUCGCCACCGUUCACUUGACAGCAUGGAUGGGGAGGAAGAUGAUUUGUCUCUGCUGACUGCAUUGCUGGAGGAGAAUGAGUCGGCCUUGGAUUGUAAUUCAGAAGAGAGUAAGCCCUUGACCCAGGAAGAUGGUGAACCUGACUCAUUUGAUGAGCUCUUUGACGCUGACGGUGAUGGUGAAUCUUACACAGAGGAGACUGAUGAGGGAGAAAUGGAAAAGGCUGAAAACCAAAAGGAGAAUUUGGCCACUCUCUUUGGAGACAUGGGAGACUUAACAGAUGAGGAAGAAGCUCCUACAUCGCAAUCAACUAAAGAGAGGGUCAUCCCUGCUCCUGCUGCCAGUCAAGGGAAAACUAAUCAGGAGUUACAAGAUGAAUUAAGGAAGUUGCAAGAGCAAAUGAAGUCCUUACAAGAACAGCUGAAACUAGCAACAAUUAAACAGCCUUCAAGUCCAGCCCUUUCAUGUAAAACCCCAGAUAAGUCUCCACGUCCCCCUCUUAAGGAGAAGAAAGUUCAGAAAAUUCAGGAGUCAUUGUGCUUUUCUGCGGAGCUUGACAUCCCUACUCUACCAAAACCCAAGCGAGUGGCUCGGACACCAAAGGUCUCACCUGCAGAGCCCCAAUGCUCACCUUUGAAGAUGACAAGUGUACCCUCCCAACCACUGCGAACAACUCCUGGAAACAAGCCUGGUGGGAUGACUAGGGAUCAGAGUACAGGGACACCCAGGAGCUCUGGGGAGAUGGCUCAGGAAGUCUCCGUGGAAGCCUUCUCCGGGCUGAGGCUCAGAAAGCCUCGAGUAUCCUCCACAGAAAUGAACAAGAAAAUGCUUGGCCGAAAGCUUAUCAGACUGUCUCAGCUCAAGGAAAAGAUGGCAAGUGAGAAGCUGGAAGAAAUAGACUGGGUGACAUUUGGGGUUAUAUUGAAGAAAAUCACUCCACAGAGUUCUAACAGUGGGAAAACAUUUAGCAUCUGGCGACUGAAUGAUCUUCGUGACUUGACGCGAUGUGUAUCACUGUUCUUGUUUGGAGAGGUUCACAAAGAACUCUGGAAGACUGAGCAGGGUUCUGUCAUAGGGCUGCUCAAUGCAAACCCCAUGAAGCCCAAGGAUGGUUCAGAGGAGAUAUGCUUAUCUAUUGAUCAUCCUCAAAAGGUCUUAAUUAUGGGGGAAGCUCUUGACCUGGGAACCUGUAAAGCAAAGAAAAAGAAUGGAGAACCAUGUACACAGAUUGUGAAUUUGAAUGACUGUGAGUACUGUCAGUAUCACAUCCAGGCCCAGUACAAGAGGCUUAGCGCCAGGCGAGCUGACUUGCAGUCCACCUUCUCUGGAGGCCGCAUUCCAAAGAAAUUUGCUCGCAAAGGCAUCAGCCUGAAAGAACGGCUGUGUCAGGAUGGUUUUUACUACGGAGGCGUUUCUUCAGCCUCAUAUGCAGCCUCAAUUGCAGCUGCUGUUGCUCCUAAAAAGAAGAUUCAAACCACUCUAACUAACCUGGUGGUUAAGGGCACAGACUUGAUUCUUCAGGAAACUCAACAAAAACUAGGAAUACCCCAGAAGAGCUUGUCUUGUUCUGAGGAAUUCAGGGAAUUGAUGGUCCUGCCUACAUCUGGAGCCAGAAACUUGAAACAUCAUUUAGCCAAAGCCAAGUCAUCAGGGAUCGUGGGGAGCCCGAAACCUGCUUUCCAGUCUAUCUCAGCAUCAGCCCUCUUGAAGCAACAGAAGCAGCAUAUGUUAGAGAUACGGAAAAAGAAGUCAGAAGAAAUACAGAAACGCUUUCUGCAAAGCUCCAGUGAAAUCAAGAGCCCAGCUGUGCCAUCCUCUUCUCAGCAGCCCCCUUGUCAGUCUCCACCAAUGGGGGCUGAAUUCCCCAAGAUGAAAGGAACCCCAGCCACGCAGAUGCCCAAGCUUGGAAGAGGCAUCUCAGAAGGAGAUGAUGUCCUCUUUUUUGAUGAGUCACCACCACCAAGACCAAAACUGAGUGCCUUAGCAGAAGCCAAAAAGUUAGCUGCUGUAACCAAAUUAAAGUCAAAAGGCCAGAUUCUUACGAAAACAGACCCAAAUAGCAUUAAGAAGCUAAAGGAGCCCCAGGAUGUCCUGGAAGUGAAGGAACGUGUAGAAAAGAACAGCACAUUUUCUCCUCAAGCUGAGGAUGAAUUGGAGCCUGCCAAGAAAAAAAGGAGAAAGCAACUUGCCUACCUGGAAUCUGAGGAAUUUCAGACAAUUCUAAAAGCAAAAUCGAGGCACACGGGAAUCUUAAAAGAGGCCGAGGCUGAGCUGCAGGAACGCUAUUUUGAGCCUCUGGUGAAAAAAGAACAAAUGGAAGAAAAGAUGAGAAACACCCGGGAAGUAAAAUGUCGAGUCGUGACAUGCAAGACGUGUGCCUACACCCACUUCAAGCCUCUGGAGACCUGCGUCAGCGAGCAGCAUGACUACCACUGGCAUGAUGGUGUGAAGAGGUUUUUCAAGUGUCCCUGUGGAAAUAGAACUGUCUCCCUUGACAGACUCCCCCAGAAGCACUGCAGUAAUUGUGGCCUCUUCAAAUGGGAACGGGAUGGAAUGUUAAAGGAAAAGACAGGUCCAAAGAUAGGAGGAGAAACCUUGUUACCAAGAGGAGAAGAACAUGCCAAAUUUCUGAAUAGCCUUAAAUAGCCCUGACUUCAAACAGGUACCCACAGCGUACAUUUCCCCUUGUGGUUCUGGAAAAGCAAAGUUUUGGCUCUGAAUUGCCCAUGUUCCUGACUGACACAGUCGAAUACUGUUAAGCCUACAACUUUGCAUUGGUUUAACAUCAAAUUUAACAUGACCUUUAAGUGGAAAAUCGAGAUACCAAAAGGUAGAUAAACAGUUAUGUUUCUCUGUCUCUUGGGUUAUAGAGUAUAUGAUAUCACUUCUUAAUCACAGUAAGGUUCUGAUACGUGGACAGCCAGAGGCAAAAGAAUGAAUUUAGCUCAGGUAACCUGCCUAACUUCUGUGCUUCAGUUUCCUCAUCAGUAAAAUGAGGAAGGUUGGACUAAAUGAUCUUGAAAUGUGCACUCAAAACUCUAAAGUUAAUAUAACAUUUUGCCAUUUAGAAAACUAUGACCAUCACCCUUGAUAUAGUCUCACUAUAUUAAUAU